CUUAAAACAUUUAGCUGUUAAUGGAAUAAGAGCAUUAAGGAAGGCACUAACCAAGCAUCCUACUUUAACUUCCUUAAACCUUACAAGAUCUAUAGAUGAUAUUGGACUAGCAGAAGAUCUUGUUAGUUUUAUGCCAGAG